AUGUCAAUGGCCGCCUACAAGACGUCGCAAUACCACCAUGAUUCAGACCCCGAAGACGACUAUCUGCACCCGACAUAUCACUCGCCAACUCUUCCGCGCUCUACCCUCAGCCUGCACGACGACCAUACAGACGACGACGACAUGACGACCAGUGCUGAGCACACGCCCACCACCUUCAGCCACUCGUUAUCGCAUUCUCUCAACCCGAGUCCGACAGGCCUGAUUACCCAAUGGACUGCUGAGCAGGUCGCCGACUGGGUCGCUUCUUUGGGUCUCACUCAGUAUGCAGACGCCUUUGUUGACGAGGCCAUUACCGGUCUGGCUCUUGUCGAAAUGCAACACCACGACUUCAAGGAGAUGGGAAUCACGAGUGUUGGUCAUCGUUUGUCGCUGCUCAGAGGUGUAUACGACAUCAAAAUCAAGCAGAACAUCCCUCUGGACCCGGAUCACUACGUGCCUUUGUGUCAGUCACAGCCCAUCUUGAACCCCCAUAACAAGACUAACAACCAUCCGCAGNCUGCUGGAGACCAAGCUCUGGAUAUGACGGCUACACAGGACGAUAUCGCCCGCAUCAUUGAGUCGAUCCGUCUACGCGACUCACGCAUUCUGUCGGCCGAGAUUGAGCUCCGAACUUUGCGUGACCAAUUCGAGCGUAUCUCAGAAGAGAACAGAAAGUUGCGCGAAGACACUCUACCUGUCAUUCGUAUGGUCAAGGAUCGUUCCCAACUACCUCCCACUCCAGCAGACGGACUCGGCACCCCUCCAGCAGACAUCAAACCUGAAAAGAUCACCAGUGGCUUGUCCCGCAAGUUCUCAACCAAAAAGCUUUUCCUUGGAGGUGCUCCCAAGAACCCUUCGCCUACCAUUCAUGAAUCGUCCACUCUUGAUCCAUCUGCUGCUGCAAUGGCUGCUACAUCUCACCUGAACCCUUCGCAUCCUCAAAACUCGCCCAACCAACUUUCACAACCCUCUCCUACAUCUCCCGCAUACACUUCCUCGGCGCAAGCCAUGUCCGCAGGCAAUCGCUCCUUCCCACGCGAUGUUCCUCCAUCCGCUCGCCCUUCAUACAUCGAGGAUCCGCGUCUAUCGCAUGUAUCCCAUGCACCAUCUACAACAGCUCCAUCAAGCAGAAGACCAGCAGCAACUCCCGCACCUCCACAAGAAGAGCCACCAAACAGUGCCCCACUACCACGCUCUACUCGCGAGAAGGACAAUCCACAGGUUGAGAUUUUCAAAUCUUUCCGUGUGAGUAUCGAAGACCCGUGCCACAAAGUCUUGCCUGUAGCCCUGCAAAGGUACAACAUCAACGACGAUUGGCGUCAAUAUUCUCUUUAUAUCGUCUAUGGCGAUCAGGAACGCUGCCUUGGUUUGGAAGAAAAACCACUCAUGCUCUUCAAGCAACUCGAACGCGAAGGUGGUAAACCAAUGUUCAUGCUUCGCAAACACGCCGCUCCUCUUAACGAAGGCUGGUCCGCCAAUCGCACCGUCCCCGCGGCAGAGAUGCAAAACCCUGGUCCCAGCAGAGAAAGCGUGAGAAGAGAGAAUGCAGACAACGGCCGCGCGUUACCUGGAGGUGUGCUCUAG